GGUCUCCCUCUGUCAUAACAAGGCACGUGGAUAGACACCAAUGUCAACAAAUCCUUGCUACGUAACUCCCAGCAUUCAAAGCCCGAGUUUGAAUUGCUGCACCUGAAGCGCUGCGCGACCCAGGCAGGCCUGGGAGCAGAAACAAUGGCUCGCCCCGACAGCCGGGAUAGCGGUGGCCCUUCGGACUUCUUCAGAGCAGGGCCAGCCGAUGAUGAAUCCGCUCUAAUCUCGACGCGAGGGCUCGAAGCCUUUGGGCGCAAAGUCACAACGACAGCAAGCCACAUGAUGGCGCCCUUGACGGACUCCUCGGGCGGCCACUAUCAAACCGCAAUGGCCGAUUUGCACAAGCAGUUGCGCCAGCCGAGCCUGCAGCGCAGCGUCUUUUCCUUUGCGAAGACGAGUCCAACGGAUAUGGUGCGCUCGAGCCUCUCUAGGACCGAAAUCCAGAACAGAGCCUUGACGCAUCUAUCCGACGAGCUGCUUGCGAAUAUUCCCGAGGACGAAAACUCAUACUCCCUAUUCCAGGGCUUUCAGGCGACGAUUCCAGAAGUCAGUGAGAAGAAGCACAAGCAUAGGGUGUCCCGUGGCAGGAAGUUAAUCGAUGAUAAUGCCUCGGAGGCUUCGGACGGACCCGCUUCAAUGCACAAGCUGAAAAAGGAGAGGCAUUCGCUGAAUCACCGGUUCGAGAUGCUAGGUGUUCGCAAGAACAUGGCCAGCUGCGAGAUAAGGGAGAUAGACAACAAGAUUGCGAAUCUCACUAGCAUGAGGAGGAUAGUGCUAGACAGACUAGCGGGUUUAGAGCAAGACGAAGCAUUGUUAGAGCACGACAUUUUGGACGUUGAAAAUCGCAUUGAAGAUGCCCAAGAACAGUUAGAUAUUGCCGGCGAGCAAGAGCAAAUGACACCAACAAAGAGCGAGGCAGACGACCAAGAAGGCAACCCCGAUAGACUCGAGGCAGACUCAUCCUUCAUGUCGCAAUCCAUAUACGAGAAACUUCCCUCCGCAGACUCAACACCCUCAAAAGCAAAGCCCAAGCGCCACAAGACCAUCCGCAGGAAAUCCAUGCCCAUCCUCCACGAACACUUCGAACCGGGCUCCAAAAUCCGCGAACUCCAAGCCCACGACGAUCACAUCACAGCCCUCGACUUCGACGUCCCCUUCGGCACCAUGGUAACCGCCGCCCUCGACGACACAGUCCGCGUCUGGGACCUCAACGCAGGCCGCUGCAUGGGCUUCCUGGAAGGCCAUACCGCAUCCGUCCGCGCAAUCCAGGUUGAAGACAACAUUGCCGCCACCGGCUCUAUGGACGCCACGGUCCGCCUCUGGGAUCUCAGCCGCGCGCAAUACGAGCCCCAACUCGAUAACCGCAUUAACAAAGACUCCGAUUUCGACGUCGAGGACGACGAAGACGAGCCCGCCUUCGACAUCCCCGCAGCCGCUCCUCCUGCUCCCCCAGCGGGUAGCAUGGCCGAUUGCCCCCUCUUCACCCUCGAAGCCCACGUGGACGAAGUAACCGCCCUCUAUUUCAAAGGCGACACCCUAAUCUCCGGCUCCGCCGACAAGACCCUCCGACAAUGGGACCUCGAAAAGGGCCGCUGCGUGCAGACCCUCGACGUCAUGUGGGCCGCCGCGCAGGCAUCCGCGACGAUGGGAUCGAGCGAAGGGACGUGGCGCCAGACGGGUGGGCGGACGUCAGAUGAGAAAGCGGAUUUCGUGGGGGCGCUGCAGGUUUUUGAUGCUGCGCUCGCGUGUGGAACGGCCGAUGGGAUGGUGAGGCUUUGGGAUUUGAGGAGUGGACAGGUGCAUAGGAGUUUGGUGGGGCAUACGGGCCCGGUAACGAGUUUGCAGUUUGAUGAUGUGCAUUUGGUUACGGGGAGUUUGGAUAGGAGUAUUCGCAUCUGGGACCUCCGCACAGGAUCCAUCUUCGACGCCUACGCCUACGACCACCCCAUCACAAGCAUGAUGUUCGAUUCCCGCCGCAUCGUCUCCGCAGCCGGCGAGGACGUAGUUAAAGUAUACGACAAGGUAGAUGGCCGACACUGGGACUGUGGCGCUGGCCCCACGGGCGCAGGCGAGGCGGGCAAGGCGGCGAGUAUUGUGGAGAGGGUGAGGAUUAAGGAUGGGUACCUUACUGAGGGACGGAAGGACGGGGUGGUGGGUAUUUGGACUUGUUAAUGAUGCUUUUUUUUGGGAGACUUUCGCGUUGGGGG